AUGCUGUCGGGCGACUGGGAGGAGAAGCAGGCGAUGCUGCGCACGGUGAACGCCGCACCCUUCGACGAGGAGGGCUAUGCUUCGGUGGCGGCCCUCGGCAACACCGGCGCGAUGGCGCUCUACAUCCGGCGCCUGGUGGCAGAUGGCCUCGGGCAGGUCCUGCGGCCAGAGCGCCUGGUGCCCUUCGCGAGGUGGCACAGCGGCGAGCGGAUGGUGCAGACCCUGGAGGUUCUCAAGGACGAGCUCCGCCGCGAGGACUGGGUGAGCCUGGACCCCGUGGCCGCCGCCGAGCAGCGGGGCUGGAGCGGGGCCGCGCCUUCGGCGCGCGGGCGGCGGCAGUCGCACCAGGAGCGCGAGCGCGCUCGGCCGGGACCUCUCACCCGCAGCAAGGAGCUCAAGAACUUCAAGCCGGGCUCUGGCUGGUUCCGAUUUGGUCGCUCGGACCGCCAUCGCAAGCCAGACCUGCUCCGGGAGCUGCGGCGCGCGGACCCCCGGGACGGGGCGAGGCUCCGCGAGGCCGUCGAGCGGCUCGUCAGUGGACGGCACAUGGGAGGGCUGCGCGAGUACGGGCUGGUCGCAAGCGCGUUCAGCCGUGCAGCCUCGUGGGAGGCGGCCCUUCGGGCUAACGUGUGGGCCACGGCGGUGCAGCUGCUGGCGGAGGUGCGGAACUCUGGCAUCAGGAUGAGCACAAGCGUGCGCAAUGCAGUGCUGAGUGCGUGCCACCCCGCCGCGGAGUGCGCGUGGAGAACUGCAGUGGGCCUCGCGCGUUCGCAGGCGCACUACCCGCCAGCAGACGUGCAGACCUACUCGGCUGCCGCCACCGCUCUCGAGAAGGUCGGGCAGUGGGCAGGGCCCCUGUCGCUGCUGGACGAGGCCAGGGCUGGGGGGCUCCAGCCGUCUCUCAUUAUGCUCAGCGCGGUUGCGAGCGCGUGCGAGAAGGGAGGCAGAUGGGAGCGCUCGCUCGGGCUCCUCCGCUCGGCGGGCGCGGCCGGCUGCGAGCCGGACGUCAUCAUGCACAACGCCGUGAUCAGCGCCUGCGGCAGGGGCAAGGAGUGGCAGGCCACGCUGGAGCUGCUGCGCGGGAUGCAGUUCGAGAAGGUGAGCCCCGACAGGCACAGCGUCGACUGCACCGUGCAAGCCUGCCACGGGGUGGCUGCGCGGAAGGCCUUCGAGAUCGCCAGCUCGUUUCGGCGUGGGCCGGCGGCGCCCCGCUGGGCCGGCUUGAAAGAAGCGGCGUCUGUCCGCGGUCGGGCAUAG